AUGGCUUUAACUUGCUUUCAUACAUGUGACUAUUCAACAGCCUUAGAUUUUUAUCAUUUAUCACUUAAUAUGAAACGAACAAUUCACGAUUUAGAUCCGUUAGACUUAGCUGCAUCAUACAGUGGUAUCUCAUCCGUUCUUGAAACAUUCGGACGAUAUGAUGAAGCACUGGCAAACACUGAACAAUCAUUCCAAAUUCGUUCUGCUAUUUUACCGAAACUACAUCCAGAUCUUAUCAUCAAUCAUAAUCAAUUCGGAUUAAUUUAUAUGGGUCUUGGAAAUCUAAAUAAAGCCUUGAAACAUUAUGAGAAAGCUCUUGAAAUUCAACAAUUAACGUUGCCCGAAAAUCAUAAAACACUAGUUACUCUUAAUAGCAAUUUGAGUUCACUCUGUGGGGAUCUAGGAAACUAUGAUAUGGCUUUAGAAAAAAUGGAAAGAGCAAUAGACAUUCAACUGCAGUUAGGUUUAGAAGCACGUGAAGUAGAUACAAUCACAAUGUAUAGUAAUUAUGGACUGAUCUGGGCUGAGAAAUUACAGUAUGAUAAAGCACUGGAACAAUAUCAAUUAGCGCUUGAUCUAGUAAAUCAAAAUCAACCACUAAUAAAUCAUUCAGCUCAUGCGGAACUCCGUUUGAAAAUUGGUCAAAUACAUGCUCAAAAGACAAAUUAUGAUGAAGCUUUAAAUUGUUUUAAUCAAGCAAUUGAUAUUUAUAACAAAAUUUUAUCAUCGAGAAAUCAUCAAGAUUUUGUUCACUGUUAUGUACCGAUUGCCGAUGUUUAUCAAGAUAAAAACGAUUAUGAAAAAUCACUAGAAUAUUAUAAAUUAACCCUGGAUUGUUUUCGAAAUUCAUCAUCGGCAGAAGAUACAGUUCUUGCAACAAUUUAUGCGAAUAUUGGAGUAUUAUAUGAAAAUAUGCGGAAUACACCAGCUGCACUCUAUUAUAAUGAAAAAGCACUUGAAAUACUUUUAAAAUUAUCAACAGAUGAUGCUGUUCGUCCGGAUCUCGUUCCUAUUUAUGUGAAUUUGGCUGGCGUUUAUAGUAUAGAUAAAAACCCAUUAGAAGCGUUAAAAUAUAGUGAAAAAGCAUUAGAAACUGCUCUAAAAUGCUUAUCUACAGAUCACCCAUUAGUUGAUAAAUGUAUGAAACUUGUUGGUAAAUUGAGAAAAGAACAAGAAGAGCAGGCAGCAACAGCAGCAGCUCGGUUAAAAAGUAAUCCUAUAUGCCCUAUUUUGUAA